AUGCCGCUUCCCAGAACAAGGGAGGGCAGGGGUCCCCGGGACCGACCCUGGGCUCCCAGUCCUGAAGAGGCCCCAGAGAAAUGGGACUGGAAUUGUCCAGAGACACGGCGCCUCUUCGAGGAUGCCUUCUUCGGCGAUGAGGAUUAUAUCCGGCAGGGUUCUGAGGAGUGCCAGAAGUUUUGGACGUUCUUUGAACGCUUGCAGAGAUUCCAGAAUCUCAAGACCACCAGGAAGGAGGACAAAGACGCCAGGCGGCCCAAGCACAGCCACCCAGCACUGGCUGACCUCCCUCAUGCUUACGACCCUCGCUACCGCAUCAACCUCUCCGUCCUCGGCCUGGAUGCUCGGGACUCUCGGGGGCUGGGCAGGCGCCUGCCCCCGGAGAGAGUGUCUGAGUUCCGCCGAGCCCUGUUGCACUACCUGGACUUCUGCCAGAAGCAGGCGUUUGGGCGACUGGCCAAACUGCAGCGGGAGCGGGCGGCACUGCCCAUUGCCCAGUACGGGCACCGCAUCCUGCAGACACUGAAGGAGCACCAGGUGGUGGUGGUGGCAGGCGACACAGGCUGCGGCAAGUCCACUCAGGUGCCCCAGUACCUGCUGGCCGCCGGCUUCAGUCACGUGGCCUGCACCCAGCCCCGGCGAAUCGCCUGCAUCUCGCUGGCCAAGCGAGUUGGCUUCGAGAGCCUCAGUCAGUACGGCUCACAGGUCGGUUACCAGAUCCGUUUCGAGAGCACGCGCUCAGCGGCCACGAAGAUCGUGUUCCUGACGGUGGGGCUGCUCCUCCGGCAGAUCCAGCGGGAGCCCAGCCUGCCCCAGUACCAGGUGCUGAUCGUGGACGAGGUGCACGAGCGGCACCUCCACAACGACUUCCUCCUGGGGGUCCUCUGGCGCCUGCUGCCCCAGCGGCCUGACCUCAAGGUCGUCCUCAUGUCGGCCACCAUCAACAUCUCGCUCUUCUCCAGCUACUUCGGCAACGCUCCCGUGGUGCAGGUGCCGGGGCGGCUCUUCCCCAUCACGGUCGUGUACCAGCCGCAGGAGGCCGAGCCGACCACGUCCAAGUCGGAGAAGCUGGACCCGAGGCCCUUCCUCAGGGUGCUGGAGGCCAUCGACAAUAAGUACCCACCCGAGGAGCGGGGCGACCUCCUGGUGUUCCUCAGUGGCAUGGCGGAGAUCAGCGCCGUGCUCGAGGCAGCCCAGACCUACGCCAGCCACACCCAGCGCUGGGUGGUGCUGCCGCUGCAUAGCACCCUCUCUGUGGCCGACCAGGACAAGGUAUUCGACGUGGCCCCACCUGGAGUCCGGAAGUGCAUCCUCUCCACCAACAUUGCUGAGACCUCAGUCACCAUUGACGGCAUCCGCUUCGUGGUAGAUUCUGGGAAGGUGAAGGAGAUGAGCUACGACCCACAGGCCAAACUGCAGCGGCUGCAGGAAUUCUGGAUCAGUCAGGCCAGUGCCGAGCAGCGUAAGGGCCGGGCGGGCCGCACAGGCCCCGGCGUCUGCUUCCGCCUCUAUGCUGAAUCAGACUACGAUGCCUUCGCCCCCUACCCUGUCCCGGAGAUUCGGAGGGUUGCCCUGGAUGCAUUGGUGCUUCAGAUGAAGAGCAUGAGCGUGGGGGACCCCCGAACCUUCCCGUUCAUCGAGCCCCCACCACCAACCAGCUUGGAGACGGCCAUCCUCUACCUCCGGGACCAGGGGGCGCUGGACAGCUCAGAGGCCCUCACCCCCAUCGGGUCCCUGCUGGCACAACUGCCAGUGGACGUCGUGAUUGGAAAGAUGCUGAUCCUGGGCUCCAUGUUCCACCUGGCCGAGCCCGUGCUCACCAUUGCUGCUGCCCUCAGUGUCCAGACGCCCUUCACCCGCACCACCCAGAGCAACCCCGAGUGCGCGGCGGCACGGCGGCCCCUGGAGAGUGACCAGGGCGACCCCUUCACACUCUUCAAUGUCUUCAACACCUGGGUGCAGGUGAAAUCUGAACGGGGCAGAAACUCACGCAAGUGGUGCCGCCACCGUGGCAUUGAGGAGCACCGGCUGUACGAGAUGGCCAACCUGCGGCGCCAGUUCAAGGAGCUUUUGGAGGACCAUGGGCUGGUGGCCGGUGCCCGGGCCCCACAGCCGGGGGACAGUUAUAGUCGGCUGCAGCAGCGGCGGGAGCGCCAGGCGCUCUACCAGCUGAAGCGCCGGCACGAGGAGGGCGCGGGGCGCAAGCGCAAAGUGCUGCGAGUCCAGGACGACCAGGAUGGCUGGUCCAGCGACGAGGACCGGGGCGGCUCAGCCUCCUGGGGGGCUGGCGACAGCGUGGACAUCCAGGACGUGAAGUUUAAGCUCCGACACAAUGUGGAGCAGCUGCAGGUGGCCGCCAGCUCAGCCCAGGCCCUGACUCAGGGCCAGAUGGCCCUGCUCAAGCUGGUGCUCAGCCGGGGCCUCUACCCUCAGCUCGCCGUCCCCGACCCGCUCAACAGCGGCCGCAAGGACUCGGACCAGAUCUUCCACACCCAGACCAAGCAGGGCGUCGUGCUGCACCCCACCUGCGUCUUCACCAAUAGCCCCGAGGUGCUGCACACGCAGGAGCAGGCGGCCAGGGGCGGCGGCGGGAGCCGAGAUGACAGGGACAAGAUGAGUAGCAAACACCAGCUUGUUGCCUUCGUCUCCCUCCUGGAGACCAACAAACCAUACCUGGUGAACUGUGUCCGCAUCCCCGCUCUGCAGUCCCUCCUGCUGUUCAGCCGGUCCCUGGACACCAAUGGCGACUGCUCCCGCCUAGUGGCCGACGGCUGGCUGGAGCUCCAGCUCGCAGACACCGAGAGUGCUGUCCGGCUCCUGGCGGCUUCCCUGCGGCUCCGGGCCCACUGGGAAAGCUCCCUGGACCGGCAGCUGGCCCGCCAGGCCCGGCGGCGGCUGGAGAACGAAGAGGAGGAGGAGGAAGCCCCUGUCAGCCAUGAGGAGGUGGCAGCUCUGAGCCGGGAGCUGUUGCAGUUCAUGACAUCCAAGGUUUCCUACAGCGUCCGGCGGCUCACAGGGCUGGAAGUCCAGAACCUCUAUGUGGGACCCCAGACCAUCACGGCUGCCCCCAGUCUCCCUGGCCUCUUUGGCAACUCUACCCCUUCCCCCCACCCCACCAAAGGGGGCUACGCAGUCACUGACUUCCUUACCUACAACUGCCUCACGAGCGAUGCCGACCUGUACAGCGACUGUCUCCGCACUUUCUGGACCUGCCCGCACUGCGGCUUGCACAUGCCCCUGACGCCCCUGGAGCGCAUCGCCCAUGAGAACACCUGCCCCGAGGCCCCGCAGGACGGCCCCCCAGGGGCUGAGGAAGCUGCCCCCGAGCUCCUCCAGAAGGCAUCUGCCCUGCAGAAGCCCUACCACUGUGAGGCCUGCCAGAAGGACUUUCUGUUUACGCCCACGGAAAUUCUGCGGCACCGGAGGCAGCACGUGUGA